GUGAGACAGCCACGAUCCCGGCAGCCAUAGCGACGACGCUUCCUGCAGUGUCGGGCGGGGGGGCUGACAAAGGGGCUCCGCACAGGCAGCCGGCGAGCCAGGACCCGGCGGGGCCCGAGGGCUAGCCCAACUCAAAAAUCAGUUUCUCACAGAUGCUUGGAUUUCUUUUUUCCUGACUGACAGCUUUCCCUGACCUGGGAAAAAACAACAUACAGUAUUAACAUACAAUAUUUUUAAAUGGAAAUUGGAAUUGCCAAAAUGCGUUGGAAUUCUUAAAUGACUCCAAACCAGAAGUCUGUUUGGGAUACAAAAUCGUAAGAGCAGAAGAAGCAGCAGGAAGGAUUCGGUGCCAAUGCAGCAACAAAAAAGACAGCCAGAGUUAGUGGAAGGAAAUCUUCCUGUGUUUGUGUUUCCUACAGAGCUUAUAUUUUAUGCAGAUGACCAGUCAACACACAAGCAGGUGUUGACUCUAUAUAACCCCUAUGAGUUUGCCUUAAAAUUCAAAGUUCUUUGUACAACUCCAAAUAAAUAUGUCGUUGUCGAUGCCGCAGGUGCAGUGAAGCCUCAGUGUUGUGUUGAUAUUGUGAUUCGUCACAGAGACGUUCGGGCUUGUCACUAUGGCGUGAUAGACAAAUUCCGUCUCCAAGUGUCUGAACAAAGCCAGAGGAAAGCAUUAGGGCGAAAAGAAGUCAUUGCUACACUACUUCCAUCUGCAAAAGAGCAACAGCAAAAGGAAGAAGAGGAAAAAAGAAUAAAAGAACACCUGGCUGAAAGUGUCUUUUUUGAGCAGACUUUGUGUCAACCAGAAAACAGAUCUGCCUCAUCGGGACCUAGUUUACUAACAGUCUUCCUGGGAAUAGUAUGCAUUGGAGCACUCAUGCUACCAACACUGGGGGAAGUGGAAUCCUUGGUGCCUCUCUACCUCCAUUUAAGUGUGAAUCAAAAGUUAGUAGCUGCUUAUGUUUUAGGUCUCAUCACCAUGGUUAUCUUGAGGACAUGAGUAAUGACUUAAUUAGAUGUAAAAAAAAGAACCCCAACCUUAUCUUACUAUAUAUUUGCAUCAUGAAUGUGGACUGCCUUUUACUCUCAUGUGACGCAUUAAGAUGCUAGAAAAGCUAUUCAGUGAUUUAAAAUACUUUCAAAAGUAUAAUAUAUUUUAACUAUGUAUAACUAUAAAUAAACAACAAGACUCUUAGGUGCUUCUGUUACAGCUAUGGAAUGUUUAGUGAUAGCUGUGAAAUUAUUUUGAAGAAACUUUUAUAUCUACAUCUACUGUACAACAGACAUAUUAAAGCAACAUUUGUUAUUUUAAAUCCAUGUUCACAUCAGUGUUUGAUCACUAUAAAAGCAAACUAUUCAUUUGGAAAGGUUCAUUUGUUUAUUCCAUUGCUGUAAGUACAGAGGUUACUACGUAACAUUUUAUGUAUAAAUACCAGCAUGAUCAGAGUUUACGUAAGGCUUGUCAUUUAAGACGAAAUUUGAAAUUCCAUCACUAAAAACUAUGAAAUAAAUACAUUAAGUUUAGCUGGAGAAGUAAUUCAUUCUCAAUUCCUGACAAGAAGUAGUAUAUGGGGGUAUAAGUUCUUCUUAAUUGUGGAAUCAGUUAUAGACAUUUUUUACAUCAUAACUGUAAAUCAUAAAACAUUUUUGUAAUUUUUUUAAUACAUGUAACAUACAAAUGUAGCAAGAUAUUUCAGUAUAGACACAUAACAUCCAGCAAGAGAAAAUUCACAUGUCCAGGACUCCCACUUUAAAGUAGUACGGAAAUAAACCUUGCCACUACGUUGGUAAUGACCUGAAUAUGUAUAGCAACAUAGCCAAGGCCCUCUAUAGACAUGUGUUAGACAAAUAUACUUGAUUUUUGUUUUGCAAGAAACUGAAGUUCAGCUUUGAUUUUUAUAGUUUGGAAGAAUUUAUACAUUUCUGUUUUGUCUCAUGCUGGAAAAGAAACAAGUUCUCUCUUUGACCUCCAAUGUAAAUAUCAUCUGUCUACUUGGAAAGAAAAGCUGAAUGUUCCCUACCUAGGGCCCAGUAUGACUGUGCUUGGUUCUUUCACAAAACUCGUACAUUGUUUAUUUAUGAAAGGUCUAUAUACCAUGCCUUGAGCUGUGUAAAAACAUUUUGGAAAUUAAACCUUCUUUCCCCCUGCAUAUAAUGGGUUACCUCUCAG